GUCUCUUACCACCACACCUUCUUGUGCCCCAAUAACAUUCUCGCGCUCUGUUGACAGACGCUCCAUCUACUUGUACACCACAACCCGAAUUUACGACUCAUAAUGUCUACACGACCGCCCCCGCCACAAGGUGCACCCCCUCCGUAUGCGUUCGUCAACCGCGUAUACCAGCGUAACCUUCGGCCGAUUGUUCUGACCACGACCUUUUUGGCCGGGCUGUAUGCGCUCUUCUUCACUGUCGGCGCGUUUAGGAGCGUUGGGUCUGAGCGGGAUAACACCAACCUGCAUGCCCUUGUCAAUUUCUCUAUCGCCAUCGGCGCGCUCUCCGCCUUCGCUCUCGCCAUCGAGAUCUUUGGCUUCGCUAGCGCGCUCUUGCAACGCGUCCCCCUCGUUCGGAUAUACGCCCUUCUCUCCGCCUUCACGACCCUUAUCGUGAUUGCGGGGGGCAUCGUCAGGCUUAUUGUACACUUCCACUUCAAGGACGCCAUCAUCGACGAGUGCUCCACGCUCACCGAAGGGCAGGACGUGUACACGUAUCCCUUCGGCUUCUGGGGCCCUGUCCAUGAGGAGCAGGUGUCGGAAGCAGAGGCGUCGAGAUGGUGCAAAGCGCACUGGGACCACGACUCCUGGGGCGAGGUUAUCGAGCUGCUCAUCACGACCUUCCUCGCGCUGCUCUUCUCCAUGAUCGCAUUCGCGUUCUACCGGCAGCUCCUCGACCCCGCGAGCCCCGCGAAUGCGUCGCGCGCGCCGUCGAAUGAGUUUAGGAGUGGCCAAGCCGCGCACUACGCGCCCCCGUACAACGCCAGCGUACCCGGACUCGGCUACGGCUACGGUCAGCCCGCCUACGGUCAACCUGCCUACGGCCAGCCUAUGUACGCGCCCCCGGCAGGCCCGCCGCCGGGCUUCAUGGGUCCCGACAAAGGCUUCGGCGCUGAGCACGACGACCCCUUCGAACCGCCGAAGUACAGCGGCGAGGGCCGGCGGUCGGCGGAUGCGAAGGACGCAGAGUGGGACUACGGCGUGCGGGACGCGAAGGAUCCCUUCGCGGACGGGGAGCGGGACGUGACGAGUCGGCCGGGGCCUGGGGGGCGGGAUGCUUUCUAGUUCCCUGGUCUGACUGUUCGCUCUCGUUUCGUAUCUUGUUACCCACGACUCGUCUCGUGUCUCGCUACCGCCUACUCGCGUUCUGCUGCUACUUACGAUCUGCUUGCUCUGCUUGAUGCGGUGCUUCUUGGUUCCCGGCUAAACUCCUAGCUGGCCCAGCGAGCACCGCUCGGACUUGGACUCUUGACUCACUCGCGUUGCAUCGCUUCACAUUGUAUCACCUACAUACUCGGCCGGCUUUCGGCCUCUGUAUAUACUUGUCAGUGCCUAAUGGACUGUGCGUUCAGUCGUUCGCAACGGCGCUUGCAUUGGUUUGUUGGAUUCUGUGCUCACCUUCACUUCCUGCGGUUAGAGCAAUUGCUGAUACCGCUCGAAUAAUCUCUGAUACCGCUCGAACUAGCAAUGAACGG